AUGAGUAUCCAACCGGCAUUAAGCUUUUCGGAUGAAGAUAAGGUUGAAACCAUACAGCCCCAUGAUGAUGCUUUGGUGAUCACGCUAAGGAUUGGGGGGUAUGACGUGAAGAGGGUAAUGGUGGACCAAGGCAGUGGUGUUGAGAUUAUGUAUCCUGACUUGUACAAGGGGCUGAAUUUGAGACCCAAAGACUUAAUAGCCUACAAUUCUCCUUUGGUGAGUUUUGAUGGGAAAGUUGUCAUUCCGAGGGGUCAGAUUAGACUACCCAUGCAAGCUAGUUCAGAAGUGGUGGAGGUGGACUUCAUCAUGGUGAACGCUUAUUCCCCCUACACAGCCAUUGUGGCUAGGCCCUGGCUUCAUUCCGAGGGGUCAGAUUAA